AUGCUAAGAACCAUUGUUUUACGCACUUCAAAGCAAUUGAUCUGCAAAUCUACAAAGGCGCCCUUUUCCGUUGCUGUCAGGGCUUCAAUGCCUCACUUAAAGAAUAAUCAAGAUGAAACUGAGAAGAAGGAACAGGGAUUGUUUGAUAGCAAUAAGAAGAAGUUGGAUAGUUUAGAGCACGGAAAGAAUCCUAAUUUCAAACAACCAGGGAUGGAAGACUUGAAGAAGAAGGGUGAUGAUGCUAGAAUCGAACAGAAUAGACCAGAUGAUGGUGUUUAUUAA